AUUACUCUGGCAGUCCUAGAUGUGUCUCUCGGCUGCCGCCUCUGACUUUCCUCUUCCAGAUGUUGACAGGCUCCAAACUGAAUCGAUGGCUAAAGAGGAGCAGCUCUUCUCAUAUCUGCAUGGAAACUGAAUGGGGGAUGAACAGCAGAAGGGCAGGAAAACCAAAGUUGGAUAUUUUUCUGGCACAUGGAGGCAAUUAUCCAGAGCACAUUCCAGAGGCACUGCUUUGAAUUUUGAGCAGGUCUGCUUGUCAUUCCUGAGUGGAAAGAAGUGGGGGAAAAAUAGGAAGGAAAAGUCUCACUCACAGAGGCGGAAUGUCUGUGCUUUCCAUCCUCUUCCUAGCUUCCUGUUCUACUUGGAUGUCACAAGCUCAGACAGAAUUUAAAAGAGUGGCUGAAGCAAAUGUGACUUUGCCCUGUCAUCAUCGGCUGCACCUCUUGGAGCCAGCAAGCCUGGAUAUAGAGUGGCUGCUAAAGAAUUCUGAAGCAGAACCCAAAGUGGUGAUCACUUAUGCAGGAGGCAACAUCUAUCAUGAUAUGAUCGAAGAACAAAAGGGUCGUGUUUCAUUUGCCUCCAAUUUCCUAACUGGAGAUGCCUCUUUGGAGAUUUCUCUUCUGCAGCCAAGCGAUUCUGGGCAAUAUACAUGCAAAGUUAAAAAUGCUGGACAGUAUGAAUGGACACACAUCACACUGAAAGUUCUAGAGAAACCUUCCAAACCCAAAUGCUGGAAGGAAGGGGAACCAUCUGAAGGAAAAGAAAUCACUUUACAAUGUAACUCUGUCUCUGGCACAGCCCCUAUAAUGUACACGUGGCAGCGUGUUGAUGCAAAGGGGAAACUGGAGCCCCUGCCACCCUUGACACGUCUCAAUCUGUCUAAUCCUGCUCAAGUUAUUAUGAAGAAUCUCACAUGGAUGUUCACAGGAUCAUACCAGUGUACUGCCUCCAAUGAAGCAGGAGAGGACAGCUGCGCUAUACAGGUGACAGUGCAACAUCCCCCAAAUGUUGGCAUCAUUGCUGGAGCAGCCUGUGGAGUGAUGGGGGUGUCCUUGUUAGUUGUCCUGGCCGUGUGGCUAACUAUCAAAAGGAAAGAAAAAAAUAAAUAUGAAGAAGAGACUCCAAAUGAAAUCAGAGAAGAUGCAGAGGCACCCAAAGCCCGAUUAGUCAAGCCUGGCUCUUCCUCUUUGGGCUCCAGAAGUUCACACUCUGGUUCUUCCUCAACUAGAUCAACAGAAAACAGCGGCUCUCGCAGCCAGCAAACACUGUCAACAGAAGCUACCCCUCACCUAACACCAACGCAGCACAGCCACCUUGAGAUGAAUGGCAGGAAAAUUGAGCCAAAGAGAAGUAACUACACCAGUUUGAUGAAAACAGAAGCUACCGCUACAAUGAUGCCUGUUCAAAGUCGAGCUUUGCAAACCGUUUGAUUGCUGUUCCAUCUAUUCUUGCUCCAACUAUAUCCAUAAUUUACAUAUACCACCAGCAUUACGCAGUUAGAUUAUUUUAUUUUCCAAUGCAACAUUUGUUUUCUAUAUUCAUACACAUACACACAGACAACAAAAACCCUCAAUAUUUCUGAUCUUUCUGUUUUGAGGUAUGGGCAGACUUGGAAAACAAAACUCAUAGUGACUUUGUAAAAACAAUUACUUCUAUUUUUUUAGGAUUUUUUUUUUAAAUUUUGCAAUUAAUCCUUGUAAGGAGAAAAGGGAAUGCUGAUGCAAUGGGAAUACCAUUUUGCAGUUUUGAACCGAUUUGGUUUUUUAAAGAAUACAGUGAAAUACAGAUAUUCUAACAGAAGUCUGAAGGGAAAAUGAAAUGCAUACAUAUACAAUUGUCUUCUCAGUUGUGACCUCAGUUUUUCACUGCUGAUGUUAAGCCUGAUCAGCUUUGAAAGAAAAUUGACAGCACUUUGCAUGUAUCUUUUUCUUGAACUACCAACAUUUGGACACAUCACCAAAAAAAACAAAAAGUGGAAAGCAGUAACUUCGGAAAAAAGCGAGAAGCAGUACUAGGCUAUAAUUGGCCUUCUUUACUGGAGGGACCUUCUGUGAACAUGGAAGUGCAUUAAUUUAAGAAGGUAUGUAUGACUGAAUACGACUAAAGAAUAUAGGCAUUAGCCCGCUGUGACCAAGCUAAUGUAUUUGUAUGUAUGUAUAUAUUCAUAAAUAAGAAGCAAUUCCACUGAAGGGAAUUAUGUCCUAAUGGAUCAUUAGAAUGUGAGAUCAGAAUCAAAUCCUGAAUUCCAUUUACAAGUUUUUAAAAAUGGUGUUUCAAAGAGUUUUAAAAUACUGUUCUCUAUGCUGGACAUAGUGACAUCCAUUUUUAGGAUGAGUAGCACCAAAGCUUUUUGGGGGGGGGGAGCACUUUUAAAAAGUCAGAGCACAAUUGAUGUCAUAUUAGUAAACAUUUUGAGGUAAUAAUCUAGAGAAUGUGACAAUUUUGAUGGAUAUAGCAUAUUCAAACUUGUAAGACUAAAUGCAAAAUUUAAAGUAUAAAAAAUGGAAAUGAGAUGAAAAUGUAGACUUUAGCAUCGGUGUUAAGAAUGCAUUCAUCUCUCCAAAGCAGGAAGUCUCAUCCAUGGACACAACUAGUAUUACUUGGCUUUAACAAUAAGAAAAUGCAAGUUGUUUGACUUCAAGUGCCAACUAGAUUGCAGUUCUGAUGAGUUUUAAACUGAUAUUAUUCCAUGGGAAUUAUUUCCACCACAUUCUUAAACACAGUCAGUAAGAAGGAAAUAACAGAACCACUAGACUCAUACAUUAUAAGAGUAAUUUAUAAAUGGUUACUUAGGAUUCAAAAGUAGGAUGUAUACUGAUAACGCAGGGCAGUCAGUAUUACAGAUCAUAUAAGGCUGUGACAGAAAGCUAUUUUCACAAGAAAUAAGAACCAGGUUUCCAUCCAUACAACAGACACACUUAAUUUGGAAGUCUCCAUAACAAAAUUUCUGGAGUAUCUUCAAGCACAUUCAACUAUGAUUAAAGUCAGCAUUGCAUGAAUUCCUCAGCGGAGUCUUAUAUUUGCUUGCUCAGAAGUAAGUACCAGACAUGACAGGCUUCCUGUCUAUGUUUGUUUAGAAUGUUAGGAUUAUUUUGUCCCUUUCAGCCAAGCAAGCUAUUUUAUCCCUUCGUGGACGUUAACCCAAUAUAAAAAAAGCAAUUCAGCUUACAGUUUAUUAUGAAGCUCCAUAAUGCAGAACUCAACAUGAAGAAAGUAAAAUACAAGGCAGAUGGACUGUUUCGUCACUUUACUUAUACUGAAACUCAGUAUAAUGCAAAUCAUCAAAUCAUGAGUUAUGCCAAGCUGUUUCCAUCAUGUUCUGAAUUAAAAAACAAUUUAGAUCAUUUUUUUAAUCAACGCUUAGUGAACCAGGUAUAGAAAUCAAUUAGGAGGAUUUCCUACAAAGUAGAGCAGACCUGUCUUAACUCUUGGCUAUAGGCAUUGUUAUUUCUCAGAAAGUGGCUGGCACCAUGACAAAAUCCCCAUUGUAAAGAAUGAGGAAUCACAAAAUUUACUAUGCAGUGGAGACAACAGGUUCCUUGAAAGAGAAACUGGUGAUAAAUAUAUACAGUCUGAAUUAGUUUUCUGCCCCAGUAAAGCAUCCAUUGCACAGAAACUGACAAACUAGUUUCCCUAAAUCACAUGCAAAUAUGUACCAAAUUCUAAAAUGAACUACUCCCAAUACCAUUCCAAAAUCAUGUACUCCAAAGCACAAAAACUGCAUAUGCCCCGCAGUAGCAACAAAACCCAAACAUCCCAUUCUACAAAACACACACGCAUGUAUAUAAACUUUUCUAAAAAGUCCUGAAGGUCCUGCCUUCUUUUUCAAUCAGCCAAAAACAUGCAGGCACCCCAUUCACCAAAUAAAUGCAUCCCUCUAUCCCACCAGUUUUCUUCAUGCUUUUUUCAACUCCUUGGUUGGCUCCUUUCUUCUUCCCCUAAAACCACCUACUCUAUCCUCAUUAUAGCUAUCCUUUAAAUUACACUUACGCAGACAGCUUAUCCUUUGUUAUCACCCACAUUCCUGGUUUCCAUUCUUACUCGUGUUUCAUUGACGUUUAUAACCCACUCUCUUCCUCUUAGAUCAGUCUUGAAAACUUAGCCAGCAGCAGCUGCUGUUUCCUUUUUUCUUGACAAACCUAUGGCUAUCUAUCUGUCCAAUCUUUUCUUUCCUUUCUGAAGUUGUAUUUUGGCCACAAGGAUACAGCAACAUGGUGAAAAAGAAAGGGACAGUAGCUGGAAUGCUGCUGGGCCUUCCAAAUGCUCAAGUGUUCAUUUUGCUGCUGCUGUUGUUUUAAAAGUCUUUAAAAUGUUUUAUACUUCAAAAAGGGGAAUCCAUGGGAGACCUGAAGGAGCGAGCUGUCUUAGUUGUACAACUAGACACUAUGUUGCCAAUCCCAUUAAGAGAUUAUAGUCAAGUUUAUUUAUUAUAGGUAUACACAGCAUGUUUUGAACCUUCAAUUCAUAUUAUAUUCAUCAGCCAAACUCUGCAGUUCUUUGACUGUGAAGCAGAUGAUCUGGAUUCUACUACUGAAGAGAAUAAAUGAGAUUAUAGAUUAAAUCUAAUGUAAGUGAAUUUCUCAGAUAUGAGGGAAGAAAUAAUGGUGCAAUACAGUAUUUCAAAUCACAAGAAUUUCACUGAAGUAUUAAAGGGAAUAUUUAAGCACAAAGGCUUCAAACUCAGCAUGACUCUAAAUAGUAUUCCACAAGGGAAACACCAUACUAUAAACAGCCAAAUAUUAUUUUGUAAAAUAUUGUUUAAACAUUGUUAUCCUGUAUGCAAUUUACUAUGUAGCACUGUCGUAUAAAUCUCUACUUUUGUUUUUAUUCUUGAACUGGUAAACUGGGAAUACCUUGUCUGCUGUUAUCGAUGAACUUGUGCUCAGAAUGAGCAAAGCGAAAGUAAUUAUUUAUUUUAAACUGCUUUGUUUCCACCGUUUUAAGACUUUGUUGUUUUUAAAUAAAGGCUGCCAAACAAAUACCGCAGUUCACCUAAACCCAAACGUAGACUCCUCCGGCCAGUUUUUAUUUC